GGUUCAGGUUGUUGGUAAUUUACCACCGUACAAAAUUCAGUACAAAAUGACAACUACAAAGGUUUAUCGUGAGAUAUGAGUUGCAAAAUAAGUGAAAACGAGGUGGCCCAAAUGGAAUACAAAAUCAAAAGGAACUGAAUUGGCUCAAUCAGUUUCGCAUCAAUUCUCAAAAUGUUGACAAUAAUAGCAUAUAUUACGAUCAGCGGAUUUGCGCUGCUUUAUGCUAUUCAUCACUUUUUUGGAAAUAGAGAUUUAUGUAAAAGAACAUCUCACAUCCACGGACCAAUAACAUUUCCUCUGAUUGGGUGUGCUUAUCUUUUCAUGGGAAAUGCUUCAUAUAUUUUGCUACAAGUUACAAAAUUGUGUUAUACUUAUGCCUCACCAUUUCGGGUGAUAGUUGGCCCUAAAGUAGCGGUUAUCAUUCAGGAUCCAGAGCAAAUUAAAACAGUUUUCCUUAGCUCUAAAACUACUGAGAAGAACGAGUUUUAUGAUUUCGGUAAAGCUUGGGCAGGCAAUGGCUUAAUUACUGCACCACGGUCAAUAUGGCGAGUUCAUCGAAAAUUAAUUCAACCAGCAUUUUCUACUAAAAUUCUGCAGUCAUUUAUUUCAAUUUUUCAAAAGACUUCGAGAUUAUUAACAGAAGAAUUUUCCGGGAAAGUUGGCCAACCAGAAUUUGAUGUGUAUCCUGACGUCUCUUUCACUUCUUUCCGUAACAUAUGUGAAACAUCAUUGGGGAUGCCUGUAACAGCAAAAACUAAAGAGAUUGAUCGAUUUUUGGAUGCGUCUGAAAGAGUAUUUGAAGCCAUAAUCAUAAGAGGAAUGAAUCCUUUGUUUCAUUUCGAUACAAUUUUCAAUAUGACCAAAAUUUCAAAAACAUUCUAUGAUGCUGUCGAAUUUUUAAUCACUUUCACACUGAACGUAAUUGAAAAGAGAAGAAUUCAUCUGAAAAGUGAAUCAUUUCAAAAUGAGGGUCAAGAUCGGAAAAAACCGUUUCUGGAUUUAAUGUUAGAAAUGGCAGACAAUGGACUUUUUACUGAGGACGAAAUUCGUGAGCAUGCUGACACGGUGAUAGAGGCUGGUUAUGAUACUGUAGGUCGUACGAACUGUUUCACACUGCUCAUGCUCGCUUCUCAUCCAGACAUACAAGAUAAAGUUUAUAAGGAACUUUAUGAAAUUUAUGGCUCUGAGAGCCCGGAUGAAACACCUGUUAAAUUAGAAGACUUAAAACAUAUGGAAUACUUGGAAAGAGUAAUUAAGGAAGUGAUGAGACUUUACCCUGCGGUGCCUCUACUUGGACGAAAGUUGCUGGAAGAUUUUCCCCUAGAUGGAUGCCUUUUACCAAAAGGUUGCGGAAUAGUGACGUCAAUAAUAGCACUUCACCGUGAUAAAAGAUAUUGGACCGAUCCAUUAAAGUUCAAUCCCGAUAGGUUUUUACCUGAAGGAGUUGAGAAACUAAUUCCAUACACUUAUAUGCCUUUCAGUUUGGGUCCAAGAGACUGUAUAGGACGUGUGUAUGCUAUGAUGUCCAUGAAGAUUCUGAUGGCUACUUUACUUCGUAAAUAUGUUUUAAUAAAGGAUAAAAUCACGCCAGUCGAGGACAUACAACUUAGAUUUGCUGUUAUGCUUGAACCUGCUAAGCCCAUAACUAUGAGAAUUGAAAAGAGAGUGAAAUAAUCUACUUACUUUUAUUUUCGCAAAUUCAUAUAGUUACUAUAGUCUUUAAAAUAAUUUAUGAUGAGUAGUUCUGUGAGUUGUUGUUUAUUUAAAUUUGAACGAAUAAAAAUUUUCACAUUUAUUGCAA